CACCAUCCAAAACCGAGGGAGCAGGUACAAACGAAGCUGGUCGCUUACAUAUAAGAAGUGGUUAGCUUACUAUUUCGGAUACGACUGUCUCUGUAUAGUUAUGAACCGUGUGUGCUGCAUAUGAUGUGAUGUGCCAGGAAGGCAAGAGAUGGUAUACGAAAAGUGACGGGAGUCUUGUACAGCAUUGGUGGACUGUAGGGGAACAUGUGUGUCGGUAGGAUGAUAUCAGAUGUAGUGGGAGCGUUAUAGCAUUAUUCAUGUACAACGAUAUCCUCUACCGUGGUUGUCACGAAGGGCACAUAGCAUACAUACGGUUCAACACGCCUUCCUUCUGACUCGUCCCCCGACAUUGUCUUAGAUUUUUACCCCGCUCAAUCUGCUCAAUCUGCUCAAUCUGCUCAAUCUGCUCAAUCUGCUCAAGCCGCUAGAUGGAUUGAACGUUGCAUAUCAUGUACUUCAGAUUGAUUUGCUAAGCUUUCACUCACGGCGCAGAUCGAAUUCCGGGAAGCACUUUGGUGGUGGUACACUGAUGUCGCGUCAACGCUACGAGGCGGUGCAAGCGGGCCUAUCCGACCACAUCAACGAACAUCAUGGCCUGAACGGCAGUCAAGAUAAAGAUAGUGCUAUAAAUAGCCACAACGAAGCCGAUCACAACACCCACACUCCCAACCACAGCAGUGUAGAUCUGCAGGAUCUUACCUCGGACUUGGGCGAUCCCUAUCACUUCUCAGAGUUCGACGGAGGGGCUUCCAAUGGCGAAUCACGGCGCAGUUCGCAGACUCGACACAACGCAAGCAGCGGCUACGGUGAACGGAAUGGGGGUAGCCAUGGGUCGCUGGACAUUCCCACAAGUACGGGCGACUACUUACACACACAGAGGUCCCAAUCGCACACCGAUCUGAGUGGCAGCGGAGAGUUUGGGAGCCACCACACGUCACGAACGAGCCAGGCGAAUCACACCGCCGGGCGCAGCUACGCCUCGGACCGGGAUAGCAGGAAUGGGGCCGUCAAGCACAGCACAAACAUCACUAUCGACACAGCCAGUACGCGCACGGACCACAGAAGUAACGGUAUCAUACACAAGGAGAAUGACGGCAGCAGUGGGUCUGCCUACCGAUCUCCGCCUGAGUUUGUCUCGCAAUCGCUACCCAGAUUAUCGGCGUUUGGUUCACCCGCGUCCAGUUCGGUACCUGGGAUAAUUGUCCCUAAUUCACAUCAAACCUCUGGGCUGGGCGAUUCAUUGGCUCUGCAGUCACGUAGGCUGCCUAUAUCGUCGCCUCUGUCGCGCAAUGGUAUCAGUCACAGUCCGCGGGUGGGUGAGCCUGAGAGUGGUAGCCUGUGGGCCACACGGUCCAACUCGGAUUACGCGUCUCUGGCGGAGCGUGGGGAGGAAGGCGAUAAUACUUACACAUACGACAAAGUAGAUAUCACAAUACAGAGAUUCCUCCCAGUGGAUAUCGGAACACAGACACCCCCACAGACACAACCACAGAUACAGAUACAGACACAUCCACAGGCACAGCUACAGACACAGACACGGACGACGCAUGGAAGACUGCAUGAGAACAACAGGCUGGACAGUGGCGGCGCGGGUGGACUCAUGCAGCAUGCCAUGAUCCAUUCGCAUUCGGACUCGGACGCUCUGUACAAGCACGCUGCCACGGCGCGAGCGGCCAAACUUGCAACAUGCACAAGCGACAGCCACCACUUACAUGAGGAUGGGAAUACACAGGCGGAGCACAAGCGUGGUGGUAAUGAUAGUACUAGUGGUAUGGGUAGUACGAUAGUCAACAAAGAUACGGGUACGGACUCGCAGGGGACGAUGGAACCGAGCUAUGCGGGUGCGAGUGGAAGUAGUAGAAGUGCUGACGCUGACCCGGGCCAGUUGGAAUGGGCUGGACAUGAUACCGUCGUAUCUCAGCAACCACAACAACAACAACAACAACAACAGGUUGACGGAGCAAAUGACGCUAACACACACACGCCACUGCGCUCGGAUGCGGAGGACAUGGUGUUUGAUAGAGUGGUGGUGUGCUCAGGCGUGUUCAGCAAGGAACACAUCCCGGAGAUCGAGGGCUUGCACAGCUUCCGUGGGAUCUCCAUCCACUCCCGCGCGUACGAUACAGCCUACCCUCUAUUCUAUAAGAAGAAGGUGCUGGUGGUAGGUAGCGGCAGCUCGGGCGUGGACAUUGCCCUGGAAGCGUAUCAGGUGGCCAAGGAGACGCGCAUGAGCGUCAGGCGCGACGGCAUCUGGCUGCAGCGCCGCUUUUUCCACGGGCGGCCGUAUGACAUAUUCGCGUCGCGGUUUUUAGCGUACCUCCCGUGCGUGGUGCGCAAUCUCGUGUCCUUCGCCACUGCCAAGCACGUACUCAACGCGUCGGACUACAACACAGACGCGCCACAGGGCAACAGGCGGUCAUCCCAGUGGGAGAUGAUGGCCAACUACACGCCCGACUCAGGGCUGGGCGCGCUGAUUAUGGCGGGACACAUCAAGCUGUGCCCGGCUAUCGCGCGCGUGAGUGAGCGGCGCGUGUUCUUUGUGGACGGGACGUCGUACGACUGCGAUGUGAUUGUGUUCUGCACAGGCUACCUACCCGAUCUCACGCUGAUGCCUGACACGCUGGUCGACCGCGUGGACGUCUUAGACGACACCGCCACGCCCAAGCGCGUGCCGCUGCUGCACGAGUUUGUGUGGCCUCCGAAGACACCCGGCCUGGCGUAUGUGGGGGCGUGCCAUGUGUAUGGGUCGAGUUUCCCCGUGUUUGAGAUGCAGGCGCGCUGGGUGGCGUAUGUGUUCAGCGGCAAGGUGCCGCUUGGCCCGCCCGAGCAACUGGCCAAGGCCGCGCGAGACGAAGCCCAAUAUGUGGUGAUGAGCGAUGCGGGGGUGAGAGAUCUGGUCAACCCGAUCAUCUACCAGGACAGGAUCAGCCGGUUGCUGGGUGCGUAUCCGUUCGGACUGAACUCUCGGCUCAAAGACAUGCUGCUGUGGCCGUAUCUGUACCUGAGCACGUGUACGUCGUGGCACUACCGGUUGGUGGGCAGAGACAGUUUCAGCACCGCCGACGAGCCACACUGGGCUGCGACUGUGGUGAAUGCGCGCAGGCGAGUCAAGAACGUGUUCUUAUACGCGGGCGUGGGGUUGGCAUUGAUUGUACUAACCCGCAAGGGCCUCAGAUUGGGUAUAAAUAGAUGA